CAAGCCGCCCACCCCUAGGGUUCCUUCCACCAAGAGAGCAAAGGGGAUCGGGAGUCAGUUAUGCGCCGCCGCCUGCCGUGCGCCCAUCUCCACCAUCUCGCCGUCGCCGUCGCCGUCGGAUGCCUCGAAUGAGGAUCCUCCGGUGCUUGAGCAGAGGCGCCCAAAUAAGCAGCUCCCCCUUUGGGAGCUUGCAGCCCCCAAUCGAGGCAGCAGCAGCAGCUCCUCUCCGAGCUGCGACCGGCAAUCGAAGCAAUCAGGCGGCUCCUCUCCGAGCCGCAAUCCGCAAUCGAAGCAGCUCCCUUUUUAGUGGCUAAUCCGGAAGCAAAGCAGUCCUUUCCGGAUUACAGUCAGAAACAGGCCCUCUUUCGAAUUCAGUCUCCGAGUUUCCAUUGCCGGCGGGAACCUAGCUGAUAUAUAUAUCUGGCCUGGCGACAACCGCGGUACCCGCCAACAUCCUGAGGAGACCAAGUCGCGGCAACUCGUCAGCCUUCAGCUUGCCGAAUUUCGGAGGAGACUUGCAAAAUCCAUCCGAAUUCCGGCGAUGUCGAGCUCUCUUCGACGGCCAGCGGCUGCCAGACCCAUCUCCAAACCAUCCGCCAAGGGCCUCAACAGCCAUAACCGAUGGUCCUCUCUAGCCAAUCUGGCUGAGGAAGAAGAUGAAUCGGACCGGCUCAGCAAUUUGCCUGAGGGCGUGUUGCUCGAUAUUUUAGGGCGACUUGACAUCGCAGAUGCUGCUAGAACUAGAAUCCUCGCCAGACGGUGGAAGGAGAUUCCUACCAUGCUCUCCAAUUAUUUUAUAACAGUUGGUUCGUAUGACGAUGAGCACAAUAGAGGGUUGACCUGUGAUGAUGUAGCUCGGGCCAAUGCCACCGUCCUUGGAGCAACCAGGAGCUUGCUGGAAAGCAGGACUAGUACAAGCCUAUGCACCUCCAUUAAGCUCCUGCGCGUGCAAUUCUUCUUGGGAGAUGGAGAUGUUACUAGUAUCGGCCAGUCUCUUGCCAACACCAUGGCAAUGAACAAGGUUGAGUCAGCGGAAUUAACUCUCUUUACAAUGAAGGAAAGCACACGAUGCAGAAAGGACAAUGUUGUCACUUAUGGGAUGCAGUUUAAGUCAUUUUUUGACGCCUGUCCAAAGGCAUUCAGUGGUCUGGCAAGACUCAAGCUAGAAAAUUUGAGGCUAGCUGAAUCAUCGGGCUUCCCUGAAAUUCUCAGUGUAUGCAAGCAACUGGAGUUCCUCCGCCUGUAUAACUGCGACAUGGGGUACCUUUCUUUGCUAGAAGUGUCACACCCACUACUCUGUGAACUCGAGAUUGUCAAGUGUGAUUUUGAGAGGGUUGAUCUCGUGUGGCUACCAAAGCUCACAGUGCUGACUUAUUCUUGGUGGGUCUGUGAGCAUGAUCCUUUGUCUUUUGAUUAUGUCCCACUGCUCCAGACUCUGAGCCUCACCAGUAUGGCUCUUGCACGGCACAAGGUGCUCAAGUUAAGUGACUUCCUUGGCAAAGCCACCGUAAGCGACCUGCAUCUAAAUUUUCUGUGUGAAAAGAUCUGGGUUAAACCAGAAGAACCAGAUCAAUUGUUGCAGGUGUUCCACAAAUUAAGGCAUGUGACUUUGCCGCUUCGAUUGCGGACUGCGGCUCGGAGUGGAGCCGCUAGAUUGCUUCGAUUGCCGGUCGCAGCUCGGAAAGGAGUUGCUGCUGCUGCUGCUUGGAUUGCGGGCUGCAGCUCCGAAAGGGGGAGCUGCUUAUUUGGGCGCCUCUGCUCAAGCACCGGUGGAUCCUCAUUCGAGGCAUCCGACGGCGACGGCGAUGGCGACGGCGAGAGAGUGGAGAUCGGCGCACGGCAGGCGGCGGCGCAUUACUGACACCCGAUCCCGUUUCCUCUCUUGUUUUUUUUUUCUUUUUGCGGGCGUGGUUGGGAAGAUCACUAUUUUACCCUGAGGCCUGCGGUGGAGGAAUGAUGGCACCGAUGGGCUAAAGGCCCAACGUGUUAUUACAGCCAUUGUUCGGUCCUCGAGGUCCAGCAUGUACUAUUUCUCUGCUCUAUUUUUUUCUGCGGUAAUACGUGCCUCGUUUAUAUCAUAAAGAUCAUAGUACAAGUCAAGUACACAUCAGAGGAACCCUUUCUUAAGAUUGAUGUGGAUGCUUCCUUCGACAAACAUACACACCAGGGAGGAACUCGCCUGGAGGUUCGCAACCAUGAAGGAAGGCUCAUCCGCGCACAAGCACUCUGGUAUGAAACUGGGAUGUCAGCUAUGGCUAUGGAAGCAUUUGCAGUAGGAGAUGGUGUACGGCUAGCUUCUGAUUUGGGGUUCAGGAGGGUAAUCAUUGAAACUGAUGCACAAUUAGUGGUGAAACAGUGGGAUUCUCUAAGUGUUGAUCGCUCGGAGAUAGCUACCACUCUGAAUGAAAUACAAGAGCUAAGCGGGAAUUUUGAUGAUUUUCGUCUGGAAUUCAUACCGAGGGAGUAGAAUGAACUAGCACAUCUGUGUGCCAAGCAAUGUAAUUCUUCUAGAAAACGUUUUUUAUGGAUAAAUUAUAUUCCCACC